AUGGAUAUUGUCACUGGGAGGGUUUGUUAACUCAAGAGAAGGAAUUGCCGAGAACCUUGUAAACAAACUCGUGCUAUGCGCUAUAACACGCCUAUUCAAUGGGAAUUUCUUGACAGCAAGUACUUGGACAGCGCCUAUUCCACGAGAGGAGCGGAAUAAAUGUCAUCGGAGCUCUGACCUCUGGACCUUCAAACCCAGACCCCACCGUAUGAUUUGCGGCGAGGCUAUGUCUGCCGUCAAUAUCACCAGAGAUGUCCUGCAUAGGCAGAUCAGAGACAAGAGAGCAUUGGGCUUCCAAAGGUUCCAUCAUGUGACUGACCCCUUCAUCAAGAGACUGGGACUGGAAGCUGAGCUUCAGGGCCAUACUGGGUGCGUGAAUUGUCUGGAAUGGAAUGAACGAGGAGAUCUGCUGGCCUCGGGUUCAGAUGAUCAACAUGCAAUUAUCUGGGAUCCCUUCAAACAUAAGAAGCUCACUACUAUUCACACAGGACAUGCAGCAAACAUCUUCUCUGUAAAGUUCCUCCCCCACUCUGGAGACCGAAUCUUAGUGACUGGUGCGGCAGAUACAAAGGUCCAUGUGCAUGACUUAACAGCCAAGGAGACUAUCCACAUGUUUUCUGACCACACGAAUAGAGUCAAACGGAUUGCCACAGCACCCAUGUGGCCUAAUACCUUCUGGAGUGCCGCAGAGGACGGCAUCAUCAGGCAGUAUGAUUUAAGGGAGAACAGUAAACGCUCUGAGGUGCUCAUUGAUCUGACCGAGUUCUGCGGUCAGCUGGUUGAAGCCAAGUGUCUAGCUGUCAAUCCACGGGACAACAAUUAUCUGGCAGUGGGGUCCAAUGGCCCCUUUGUACGCCUCUAUGACAUCCGCAUGAUACACAACCACAGGAAAUCAGUGAGUCAGAGCACAUCGGCUGCUGUGCACACCUUCUGUGACAGGCAGAAGCCCAUUCCAGAUGGAGCUGGACAGUAUUAUGUUGCAGGACACCUCCCAGUGAAACUCCCAGACUACAGCAACCGCCUGAGGGUGCUGGUUGCCACUUAUGUCACCUUCAGUCCUGAUGGUACUGAACUGCUAGUUAACAUGGGUGGCGAACAGGUGUAUCUGUUUGAUUUGACAUUUAAACAGAGGCCAUAUACCUUGCUGCUUCCAAAAAAGUGCCAAUCAUCAACAGAUGUACAGAAUGGUAAGACAACCAAUGGAGUAUCAAAUGGAAUUCACUUGCCUGCCAGCCGCCUCCGAUUAGCUGAAAGCAAGAUCUGCACUGGGUCUAGCGAGCUCCCCCCUCACUUGGAGAGAAUAAAACAACAAGCUAAUGACGCAUUUGCACGGCAGCAGUGGACCCAGGCAAUCCAGCUUUAUAGUUUAGGGAUCCAUCAGGCCAGCCGCAAUGCCAUGCUAUACGGGAACCGUGCUGCAGCCUACAUGAAACGUAAAUGGGAUGGUGACCAUUAUGAUGCACUCAGGGACUGUCUGAAAGCCCUGACUCUCAACCCUGGGCAUCUCAAGGCUCAUUUCAGGCUGGCACGCUGCCUGUUUGAGCUGAAGUAUGUGCCUGAGGCACUGGAGUGCUUAGACGACUUCAAGGGGAAGUUCCCAGAGCAAGCCCAUAGCAGUGCCUGCGAUGCCUUGGAUAAAGACAUCAAGGCUGCCCUAUUCUCCAAGACAGAGUCAGCAGAAGACAAAAAGACCAAUAGCGCCAUUCGCUUCCAUUCAUUCAGCCGGAAGGAGUCCAUCCCUGAGGACGAGAUAGUGUUGAGAGAGCGAAGUUUUGACUAUAAGCACCGUUACUGUGGUCACUGCAACACCACCACUGACAUCAAAGAGGCCAACUUCUUUGGAAGCAAAGGCCAGUACAUAGUGAGUGGCUCAGAUGAUGGCUCUUUCUUCAUCUGGGAAAAGGAGACAACUAAUCUGGUGAGGAUCCUGCAGGGGGACGAGUCCAUAGUCAACUGCCUGCAGCCUCAUCCUAGCUACUGCUUCCUGGCUACGAGUGGCAUUGAUCCUGUGGUACGGCUAUGGAACCCCAGACCAGAGACGGAGAGUGAAAACGGACGUGUGGUGGAGGACAUGGAGGGUGCUGCUCAGGCCAACCAACGGCGUAUGAAUGCAGAUCCCCUGGAGGUCAUGCUGCUCAACAUGGGCUAUCGCAUCACAGGCCUGCGGGGUGUUGGCCCAGAAGGCUCAGAUGAUGAGGACAGCUCAGAGGGACAAGUACAGUGUCGACCUAGCUAAAUGAGCACUAGAACACUAUAGAGUUGAGAGAGGAUUGGUGGAGGCUACUUUGGGGAGAGGAAUCCAACAGGUGGAGUUGGGGUGGAGAUGCCCCUCUCAGCCCUUCAAAAUACCAACAACACCUCAGCUCUCAACCUCUUCCUGUGCCCUCGUGUGGUGUGGAUACACCUUUGACGAAGAGGACAGCACUUUCCACGUCGCUCCUCGAUCUCUCGCAGAGAAAGAGGAGUCGAGCACUUAUCCCUCCUCGGGUUUGUGCGAGAGAGAAAUAUUGAGUAGAAGGUGAAGCCCAACGUCGGGUGACCUAGUUUGAGGUCAGAGUGCAGCCCCACAGCCACACUCUCCACUAUGGAGAACCAUACAGAUGGUGCUUUGUGGCAUCUCUUGGCUGAUCUGCAGGUGGAGCACAGCAGUCACAACGCCCACUCAUCUCUGACAGGCUCCACAGCUAUAUCAUUAAUUUAAACCUGAUCAUAUUUUCACUUGUUGAAAUUUUGAUCACAGGAAGCUUAGAAGUAAGCAUCACUCUCUUCAGUCUCGAAAGUUGUUAGUGUUGCUCAGAAAAAAAAACAAAAACGUGUUAAUGAUAUUGUGGCACUUUUUUUUAAGCAUGUGGCAGAAUGAGUUGUUUCCCCUGUCAAACGUUUUAAAUUUAUGUAAUUUAAGUGGCCAAGGAUUAAUGUUUUAUUUAUUCUCUAUAUUUUGUGAAAACAUACUUUUGGCAUUCUGUCCUUGAGUUAUACUUAACUAUAAUUGGGAGGGAUGCUGUACUACAAAAUGUUGACUUUGGUCAACAUCUUUUCUCUAUUCAUUUUGGGGAAAUGUUUGGAAAUUAAUAACUUACCAUGACUGUUUUUUUUUUGUUUUUUUUUUUAGAUUAAGUACAGUCAUAUUGAUUGCAAAUGCCACCAAUGUGAAACUUAUACUGGGCCCAGAAAGAGAAGCUUGGGCCUAAAUAUAGACUCAGAAAUGUCUUAGGAGCACAGAUGCUAAAUAGUGGUAUUUGGGAACAUAGGAGCGUAUAUGCAUUUUUAGUUUUCCUUUCAAACAGAUCUAAGUGUUUUGGGGAGAUAUGGUUAGGAUUUUCCCUCCUAAUAGCAGUUUGGCCCUAUCACUGUUCCUUUGCUGCAGUCAGAUGUUUGAGGAGGCCUCCUUAUGUUAAGGUUCCUUUAACCAUAGUUUUGGGCAAACAGGACAAGGUUUCAUCCUUUGCCCAAAACAACCCUUUGGGCCCUUUUGGCCCAAAAUAGAAUAAAUAGAAUGAUUUAUCUUCGCAAUAAUAGGCUUCCAUGUGUUCACUUUGUUAAAAUCAUUUAUGAGAUAUUCUGUUUAUUUUUCUUUGAGAAAACUUGUAAAACCCAUUGCUGGAAAAUAAAAGACUAUUGUUAAACA